AUGCAGUUGAUGUUGAUAGCACUUGUCGCUGUUCUUGUCAGAUGGUGUGUCUCAUUGUGCAAAUAUUCAGGGGCUGGUAAAAGACCUAUGUUUGGUGACUAUGAAGCCCAGCGACAUUGGAUGGAAAUCACAUAUAACCUGCCUGUGCAUGAAUGGUACAAUCAAACGGAGAGAAAUGAUCUUCAGUACUGGGGACUGGAUUAUCCCCCCUUGACAGCCUACCACAGCUGGUUAUGUGGUUUAAUUGCAAACAAGAUCAAUCCUGCCUGGGUUGCCCUGAAGACUUCUCGAGGAUUUGAGAGUCCUGAACACAAGUUGUUCAUGAGAUAUUCAGUGCUGGUGGCAGAUAUUCUCUUCUUCUUCCCUGUUGUGUUUCUCAUGUUCAUGAAAAAUGAACAAACCAAAUAUGCUAUGAGUAAGAGCUUGGUCCUGAUGUUGCUGUCCCCUGGCCUCAUCCUCAUCGACCAUGGACACUUUCAAUAUAACUGUGUAAGUCUAGGGUUUCUACUUCUGGCUGUGAUGUUGAUUGGGAAGGGUCGUGAACUGUGGGGAUCUGUUUUCUUCGUCUUGGCGUUGAACUAUAAACAGAUGGAGCUGUUCCAUGCCUUCCCAUUCUUCUUCUACUUACUUGGAUUGUGCUUCAGGAAGCUGGAUCAGAACAGGGUCAUGAGACUGAUGAAGAUAGCGAUCACAGUCAUUACUACGUUUGCUGUCUGCUGGGCUCCAUUCCUUUCUAACAAAGACUCCGCCCUUCAAGUGCUUCACCGACUUUUCCCCUUCAGUCGUGGCCUUUACGAGGACAAAGUGGCCAACGUGUGGUGUAGUCUUUCAGUGGUGGUCAAACUCAAGGACAUUUUAAAUCGAGACCAGCUUGUAUUACUGUGCUUGACCUCAACAUUGCUGAUGUGCCUUCCAUCAUCGCUGAAUCUCCUGUUCAAACCAAGUUUUCUGCGAUUUAAAUAUGCUUUAAUAAAUUGUUCUUUGGUGUUUUUCCUGUUUUCAUUCCAAGUUCAUGAGAAGAGUAUACUUAUUGUUACAGUAAUUGUAAACCUGUUUUCUGUACAGUUGCCUUUCUGGAAUCUUUGGUUCACAGUCAUCUCAACAUUCAGUAUGCUUCCCCUGCUGAUUAAGGAUGGAUUGUUGACAGCUUACAUUGCCAUCACUUUGUUAUAUAUCCUCAUCAGCCGUGGUAUCACUCCGGUUUUUGUGUUGCCUAGCAAUGAAUAUAGACUACAGCGCCGCCUUCAGAAAUUUACUUUUUACUGGUCCAUGUUUGGGGUGAUUGCCUUGACAACAUUGUCCGUGUUUACCACACCACCACCCAAACUUCCUGAUCUUUUCCCAGUCCUGGUUUCCAUGUAUUCCUGUGCUCAUUUCCUCCUGUUUCUCAUUUAUUUCCACAUGCGACAGUUUCAGUGUCAAGACACAGAGACAACGAACACAUCACACACUACAUACACACAGCUCAAAAAGAAACAAUAGUUGGAAUAUUUGCUUCAAUUAGGGAAUGAUGUUUUUUUGCUCUCCUAUACAAAGGGUCAUUGAAAUGGACACUGGUAAAAUAUAAUCAUGACGUACUCCCACAAAUUUGAGAACACAUGAAGGUUUAGGUUAUUCUGGUUUACAUUGAUUUAAAUAAACAAAAUCAUGAUAGU